AAUGAUUCCUGCGGUCACCUGGCCCCACGUCCCAGUCAAAGGCGACCCAAUCUUGUCCAGUGUAUUUUAACCCGGAAUGCUGCGUCUGUCUCUCCCAUCUUCGUCCUCGCCGCCAAUUGCAUCAACCCUCAGAUCUCUGCCUCUUAGAACAGUAGCUGCAAGGCAAACGUUUCGAAACACAAUAGGAUUAAACGUUUGGUACAGGAUGGCAAGCACAGCAAACACUAAUGUGUUUGGUUUGAAAGAUCCCAGCCUCAUCAAGACACAAGGUUUCAUUGAUGGUAAAUGGGUAGAUGCUAGGGAUGGGGCAACAAUCAGGGUCACAAACCCAGCGACAGAAGAAGAACUAGGCACAGUCCCUGAAAUGGGUCUCGCAGAGACACAAGCUGCAAUAUCAGCAGCAGGCAAAGCAUUUGAAACAUGGGGACGGACAACAGCCAAGUCGCGACAUGAUAUCCUUAUGAAAUUAUAUGCUCUCAUGCAAGAGAAUCACGAUGAUUUGGGCCGGAUCAUUACACUUGAGAAUGGGAAGCCGCUCGCUGAAGGCAAGGGUGAAAACGCAUAUAGUUCUUCAUUCAUAGAGUGGUAUGCCGAGGAAGCGGUCCGCACCUAUGGUGAACACAUUCCUUCACCCUUUACUAAUAUCCGCAAUGUUGUAAUAAAGCAACCAGUUGGUGUCGUUUCUAUACUUACGCCGUGGAACUUUCCUUCUGCAAUGAUCACACGUAAACUUGGUGCUGCGCUUGCAGCUGGGUGUACAGCGGUCAUCAAGCCUCCUCCAGAAACACCCUUUUCCGCACUGGCGCUUACAGAGCUUGCUCGUCGAGCCGGUGUACCGGAUGGCGUUAUCAAUGUAGUCACGACGCAGAAGAACGUCGGAGAGGUUGGCCGUGAGAUGUGCGAGAGUAAAACUGUGAAGAAAGUGUCGUUUACCGGAUCGACUCCCGUCGCGAAGAUGUUGUAUGGAAUGGCAGCUUCAACGCUAAAAAAAAUAUCCAUCGAAGCUGGUGGGAAUGCGCCUUUCAUAGUGUUUGAUGAUGCAGACAUUGAUCAAGCUGUUGAUGGUGCCAUUGCUUGUAAAUUCCGAGGUUCAGGGCAGACUUGCGUCUGUGCUAAUAGAAUCUAUGUCCAAUCAUCUGUCUACGCCGACUUUGCCUCGCGUCUCGCACAAAAAGUGGCUGGUUUCAAAGUAGGAAAUGGCCUAGACGACAAGACCACACAUGGGCCCCUCAUUCAUGACAGAGCUAUUCAAAAGGUUCAGCGACACAUUGACGACGCAGUUUCUCGGGGUGCCAAUGUGCUAGUCGGCGGUCAACGGAUUUCCACGCCUGGAACCUUUUUCUCUCCAACUGUUCUUUCCGAAGUUCCAGCCGAUGCAUUGCUCAACAGCGAAGAGACAUUCGGACCAGUUGCGGCAUUGACAAAGUUUGAGACGGAAGCCGAUGUUCUGGAGAUGGCAAAUAAUACUGAUGUAGGCCUUGCCGGGUACUUCUUUAGUCGAGACGUGGGAAGGGUAUGGAGAGUUGCGGAGAGACUCGAGGUAGGGAUGGUAGGAACUAAUACGGGAUUGAUAAGCCAUGCUACUAUUCCAUUUGGAGGUGUAAAGGAAAGUGGAAUUGGUUAUGAAGGCAGUCAUGGGAUUGGAGAAUACAUGAACCAGAAGCUUAUUGCGUUCGGAGGUAUCUAGGAGCUCAUGAGCUAUUCACGUCACCUCGCGGUUCUCGGCCUUGCUUCGCUUAAGCCAAGUCAACGAUUUUCUGAUGGCAAUUCAGCUUUCCUCGUUCAGCCGUUCUUCACUUCUGCUUUCGUAUAAUGAACUUCGCAUGCUAUGUAAUUCAGAUUACAAAAUGUACGAUUACGGGCGAGGCCUGUCGUGUGAUGUUCUCAGUUAUGUAUAUUUUCGCAUCGCUUGACUCGUUGAUUCUUAUUGCAAUAAAAGCGUCCUA